GCCCUGCAGGGCGGGGGGGAGCACCAAUUACAUCACGUGUCAGGCUGAAAAAGAGACUCUGAGCGGCUCUUGCUUUUUGCUGAGAAAAUGGCAGUUAAUGUGUAUUCUACUUCAGUGACCAGUGAUAACUUGAGUCGACAUGACAUGCUUGCCUGGAUCAACGAGUCUUUGCAGUUGAACCAGACAAAGAUUGAACACCUGUGCUCGGGUGCUGCCUACUGUCAAUUUCUGGACAUGCUCUUCCCUGGUUCUGUAGCACUCAAGAAAGUGAAAUUUCAAGCAAAGUUGGAACAUGAAUACAUUCAAAACUUCAAGAUUCUACAAGCAGGUUUUAAGCGAAUGGGUGUUGACAAAAUAAUUCCUGUGGACAAAUUAGUGAAAGGAAAAUUUCAGGACAAUUUUGAAUUUGUUCAGUGGUUCAAAAAAUUUUUUGAUGCAAACUAUGAUGGGAAAGAGUAUGACCCUGUUGCGGCUCGACAAGGCCAAGAAACAGCUACAGCACCUACCCUUGUUGCUCCAGUACUGAACAAACCCAAGAAAGCUCUCAGUUCCGGCAGUGCAGCUCCUCAGAGGCCCAUUGUUACUCAGAGAACCACAGCAGCUCCUAAAACUGGCACUGGAAUGGUUAAAAAGGCUCCUGUAGGAAUAGUAGAGGAUGAAUCAGCAGAGCUGAUCCAGCAGAUCAAUGUAUUGAAACUUACUGUUGAAGAUCUGGAGAAGGAGAGGGACUUCUACUUUGGCAAACUGAGAAAUAUCGAAUUGAUCUGCCAAGAGAAUGAAGGGGAGAGUGAUCCAGUGUUGCAGAGGAUUGUGGAAAUUCUUUAUGCAACAGAUGAAGGCUUUGUGAUACCUGACGAAGGAGCACCACAAGAGGAACAAGAAGAGUAUUAACAGUCCAUAUACUGUACCAGCAGAGCAGGAACAUCAGAAUUCUUUGCCCCAAAUCAUGUGCUUAACUGUAAAAUACUCCAUUUUAUUAUUCUUAGAGGACUCACUGGUUUCUUUUCAUAAGCAAAAAGUACCUCUUCUUAAAGUGCACUUUGCAGAAGUUUUACUCUUUUCCAAUGGGUUUGAGUUAGGAGCUCUUUUUCACUUCGUAGCAGAACAGUAUUAACAUCUAGUUGGUAUAUUUAGGGAAUAAGGUUGAAUAUUUUGAAGCUUGCUGCGGAAUUGUUUGGUUGCUGGUAAAACAUUGGUUUGUGGAAAGUCUUUUCUUCUGUACCUUACUGAGGUGGAGUGUAAUAGAGAAACUAAACACUGACUCACAGAAAGAUUGCGUUAAUGUGAAAUUGCAGCAGAGAACUUUUAAUAAAAAUGCCUUAAGAGUAUUUAAAAUAUGCUUCCAUAUGCCAAAUUAUAAAGUAAUGUGACAGGAGAUUUUAUGUGCUUCAUACUGGGGUUAGAAAGUGUCUAACUUACACUGCUGUCUGGGAGGCCUUGUGCGGCAAUGUGACUAUUCAAAAGGGGCUAGUAAAAUAAAACUCCAUCCCUGUGUAAAGCCGCUCACUAAGUUGUUAGUUCUCAAUGACAAAAUAGGCCUUAAUGUUGCCUGUCAUAAGAUUGGAGGGAGUAUGAAGAGCUCAGACAAACGUGUACAAAUUACCUUGAGUGCUAAAUCCUUCUCUGGCAUUGUGGCUAACAACUUUGCCAAACUCGUGUACUAUAUUUUCUGAGAAAUAACAUGGAUCUAGUCGUAUUGCCUAGAAGGUUCUUCAAAAGUUUCUCACUUCACUCUCUGGAUCAUUUUUCUACUUGUCCUGUCUCCUUCUAUUUUUGUGGUGUCCUUUCUGGUAUGUUUGUUUCUGGUUUCCUCUUCUCUCCCCCAUCCUAGAGUACUGGUUAAACCAAUGGAUCUAACAGAACUUGCGUUAUGCAAGUGUCUCGGUUGUAUUAAAGGGAGUGAGUGGGUUGAGGAUAUACCUAUUUUGUGCCUGUUGGGAAGUCUUCCUCAGCCCUUGGUGUAUCUUAAUAGUGAUAUUUGCCAGUACAGUAACCUUCUGGGGACAAAACAAAUAUGUUAGCUAAUAGAAAAGCUAAUGUUGUUGCAGAAAAUACAGUACCCAGACUAACUUUAAUAUUAAUAUUUAAGAUACUUUAUUCUUGAACUGUCCCUUCCUUUGCUAUCAAGUUCCUCUCAUUGCUGUUUGUGUUUGGCAAGAUCCCACAGGACAUCUGAUCCACCCACACUGAGUCUGAUCAGUCCUGAUAUGCUUGUAUGCAUUGGUUUCUGGUUGUAGCUUGUCCUAAAAUGUGUGUAGCAGGCGAGCAUUUUAUGGUAACUGUUGUGUACUGCAUGAAUCUUUGUGAAAUUCAGAGGAAAACCCAAUUUCAGUGAA